CUCGUCAUGUACAUCUGGGACAAGACUGUGUACUCUUUCAGUAACAUAGUGUCCGGGUACGGCAAUGCUCUGACCCUAGAAACGUGGUCGUUCUUCCCCAGCGGGCAAUACAUCCAGUAUAGUUCGAGCGGUGUUAUGCUGUUCUCAUGGAUGAACAUGGCAGCUAUCCAGGUGCCAUUGACACUUGGGCUGCAUUGCUCUGAGCUCAUCGCAAAUGUCAUUCGGGACGAAAGACAGUGGAGAUACGCUACCGGAAAGAAAGGACUUACAACGGCAACGAACCCGGUGAAGACGAUUUUCGCUCAUCCCAUUUGUCUCAUACUUUUCGUCGCGAAGCCUUUCCUGCGUGAGUCACUCACGCCUCGUUUUCUUUAUCGGUGUUAUUGAACACCAUCAUCGACGAUCAUAGACUGGAUGUUCGGGUUUUCAUUCA